AUGCACCGGCCCGCCCUUAGACUUGUCGCGCUUCUGACGUUGGUGGCAUCAGCCACUGGCGAAACUUGCUACUUCCCAGAUGGCUCGGUUGACCAGGGCGGCAUUGAAUGCCCCAAGAUUGGAGACAAUGCCGCGGUCGCGUGCUGUCGCAAGUCCAACCACUACUGCCUCGAUAACGGACUCUGUCUGGAGCCGAAUGCGUGGACGAUGUACCGGAACUCCUGCACAGACAAGAACUUUCGAGCGGCCGGGUGCCCCAAGAUUUGCCGCGAUGCUGCACUGAGUGGACACACCGGUGUCAACUACUGCUUCCAGGACGCCAUCUGGACAUGUCGCGGACGGAACGAUUGCGACAAGGGAAACUUUACGAUGCCGAGUCCUAGAGGGAGGAUGUUGAUCAACACGGCGUUGGAAUCCGAUCUCGGAAUCGCGGCGGCGACGAGCGCCGGGCCCAGCGGCACAUCCAUCGCGGUGUGCUCGACAACUUCGGAGGCCAGCAACGGAAUAUCAACUGGAGCGGCGGCAGGCAUAGGGGUUGGCGUUGGACUUCCGCUGGCUAUUGCGGUUGUGGCGCUGACGGUCUUGCUUCUGCGGGAGAAGAAGAAGUCGAGAGCCGCGGGGUUAGAUGGGAUGACGACUGCCGGAGGUUCUGAAUCGUCACCUGCGCCGGCAUGGGCUAAGCACGAAUAUCCUGGAGGCUUUGUGCAAGCGAACCGGCCUGUAUAUGGGCAGCAGCCGACAACGGAACUUCCUCCGGACCCAACGGUUCGGCAUGAGCUUCCCCAGUAG